AUGCAGGAGAAUUACGAGACGGUGACCUCGCUGGGAUUUCCCAUUCCCAAACCUGAACUGAUCGCCCGGCUGGAACGAGGGGAAGAGCCGUGGGUGCCCGAUCUCCAGGCCUGCGAAGAAAGGGAGAUCCCGAGAGGCGACCGCACAGGUGAUGAGAGAGUGAGUGAGAAUGAAGAGGAGAAUCAUGAUGCAGAAGUUCCUGGUAAAGUGGAACCACGGGAGACCUUUAUGGGAAGUGCUGCAUGGAAUUUUUCCCAGUGCUUGGAACAGUCAGAACUAAUUACUCAUCAGAGAAUCCACACAAGAGAGAGACCCCAUAAGUGUAUAGUCUGUGGGAAAAGUUUCAUACAGAGGUCAUCCCUUGUUAAACAUCAGAGAAUCCACACAGGAGAGAGACCCCAUAAGUGUUUAGUCUGUGGAAAAAGUUUCAUAUGGAGAUCAGACCUUAAUAAACAUCAGAGAAUCCACACAGGAGAAAGACCUCACAAGUGUGUGGAGUGUGGGAAAAGUUUCAGAAUCACAUCAUACCUUGUUUUACAUCAGAGAAUCCACACAGGAGAAAGCCCCCAUAAGUGCUUAGUCUGUGGAAAAAGUUUCAUUCGUAGAUCAGACCUUGUUAAACAUCGGAGAAUCCACACAGGAGAGAGACCUCACAAAUGCAUUCACUGUGGGAAAAGUUUCAUACAGAGAUCAGACCGUGAUAAACAUCAGAAAAUCCACACAGGAGAGAGACCUCACAAGUGUGUGGAGUGUGGGAAAAGUUUCAUUAGCACCUCAUCCCUUGUUUUACAUCAUAAAAUCCACACAGGAGAGAGACCUCAUCAGUGCUUGGACUGUGGGAAAGGUUUCAUACAGAGGUCUGAUCUUUUGAAACAUCAGGGAAUCCACACAGGAGGGAGACCCCAUAAGUGUUCAGACUGUGGGGAAAGUUUCAGAAUCGUAUCAUCCCUAGUUUUACAUCAGCGAAUCCAUACAGAAGAAAGCCCCCAUAAGUGCUUAGACUGUGGAAAAAGUUUCAUACAGAGGUCAUCGCUUGUUAAACAUCAGGCAAUCCACACAGGAGAGAGACCCCAUAAGUGCUUCAUCUGUGGAAAAAGUUUCAUAUGGAGGUCAGACCUUGUUAAACAUCAGAGAUUCCAUACAGGAGAGAGACCUCACAAGUGCAUGGACUGUGGGAAAAGUUUCAUACAGAGAUCAGACCUUGAUAAACAUCAGAGAAUCCACACAGGAGAAAGACCUCACAAGUGUAUGGAGUGUGGGAAAAGUUUCAGAAUCAUAUCAUACCUUGUUUUACAUCAGAGAAUCCACACAGGAGACAGCCCCCAUAAGUGCUUAGUCUGUGGGAAAAGUUUCAUUCGGAGAUCGGACCUUGUUAAACAUCGGAGAAUUCAUACAGGAGAGAGACCUCACAAAUGCGUGCACUGUGGGAAAAGUUUCUUACAGAGAUCAGACCGUGAUAAACAUCAGAAAAUCCACACAGGAGAGAGACCUCACAAGUGUGUGGAGUCCCGGGACCCUGGUCACAACUUCAUAAAUGCCUUGCCUGUGGGUAAAGUUUCCUUCAGCUACCGCACCUCAUUAAACAUUAGAGAAUCCACAAAGGUGUGA